AUAAAAUUCUGCCUGACACUUUUCAAAGUUAUUAUUGUCAAAAGUGAAGGUAAUUAGUCGAAUAAAAUCUUUACAUUUUCAUCAGUAGUUGCUUUGUUAAGACAACCAGUUUAAUUAUGGUCACUCCAUCGAGCACACGGCAUUGUCCUGUAGAAACUUGUAGAACUUGCUCCCUCUCAAACUUCGUCGUGAUCUAGGCCACAAAACCAUCGUUUUCCAAGGUCUUGUUCGAAGUUGACGCUUGCAAAUCCGAGCACAGUGGAGCCGUGAUGAUCCCGGAGCUCCUCAACCACAGCCAACUCGAGAACUUCAACGAGUUUCUCUACAGCGCUCGAAUCAGCGACGACAAAAACUCGGCGUCUCUUCUCGUCGCGGCAGACAAGUAUGACAUCCCAGCUCUGACCAGAACUUGCAAGGAGUAUCUUACGAGCAGUGUAACUUCUUCCAAUGCGCUGGAGAUGCUCGAACUCGAAAGUUCUGCCGAGGCUCUCAAAGAAUCGGCGGUGAAGACAGUGAUCGACGGUUACCAAACGAUACUUUUCUCCAAAGAGUACGAAGAGUUUGCGUUGAGAUCUUCCAUGGUGGCUCUGGAGAUCUCCAGAGCUGUUAUAAGCCACCUUUCAAGUUUGAGAAAAGAAAUAGACAAGCUAUGAAGUUUGGCAAAGUUCCAAAUUGUUCUAUUGUCCAAAAGCUCUCCUUUUAUUGCCAAAAGAAAGAGUACCUUCUUCCAAAUUUUCCAGCCAAAUUC